GAUUCGUCGGUGAAUUUGACGAAAAUGAUCGGUUUCCGAACUCAUACUGUGCGUACCAGACUGGUUUUGGUGCUGAUACUCGUCCUUCCGAGCCGGGUUGUCUUCGGCCAAAGGAUAAGAGGAAUUAACAUAGCUGAUAAGCUGGAGGGAGAUAUCAAACUGUCACCAAAUGUAGAGUCACUUGUCGCAGGUGGCGUGGAAAAGGACAAGAAGAAUGAACCCUACGAGAAGGGGGCUGUCACUAACAAGAUAUAUCUGUGGACAAAUGGAAUCGUGCCUUAUGUUAUUGACUCAGCAUUUGGUAGGUACUCAAGCGACAGUCAAGCCAUAAAAGACGCAAUAGCUACUGUAGAACAGAUCUCCUGUGUACGUUUCAAAACAAGGACAAACGAGCAGUAUUACAUAAAGUUUGUCAGGGGCAAUGGCUGCUGGUCCUACGUCGGUCAAGUGCACAUGUCUGGAGGUCAGCCACUCAGUAUUGGAACAGGAUGUGGUUUUAUUGGAUCGGUAUUACAUGAACUCAUGCAUGCCCUGGGAUUUUUCCAUACCAGUUCACGUCAUGACCGCGACUCAUAUGUUGUCGUUAUUUCUGAAAAUAUCAUGAAAGGCUAUGAAGCAAAUUUUAAAAAAUAUAACCAUGGUAUUGUAGACAGGCUGGAAGCACCGUAUGAUAUGACGUCUCUGAUGCACCUGCCAAGGAACGCCUUUAGUAAAAAUGGUCUGAACACUCUGGAAGCACGUGCUGGACCAAACGUCCCAUUGGGAAGAAGAGAUCGACUGUCUGAAAUUGAUAAGGCCCAGCUGAAUUCACUAUAUAGCUGCACAGGCUACCCAAGUUGUUACAAGGCGUUCGGUAUGGAGUCUUUUAAAAUCCCCGACUCCAAAAUAACAGCCAGUUCAUAUAAAAUGUAUCACGAACCUCAUCAGGCCAGGCUACAUAUGCAAGCCAGCGCUUCUGGGGACGGUGCUUGGUGCGCUGGUCAGAAUCUACACCAAGGAGAAUGGCUACAGGUGGACCUUAAAGGGAAAAAAGUUGUAACAGGAAUUGCAACCCAGGGGAAAUUGGGUCUAUUUGUCAACGCGUGGACAACAUUCCUUGAAUUAUGGUACAGCUUGGACCAAAACACAUGGUAUCCAGCAUUUAACGGCCAGUUAAUUUCUGCAAACUUUGACAUGAAUUCGGUUCAAUAUAAUCAAGCGCCAAAGCCUUUCACCGCACGCUACGUGCGAUUUGAACCGAUGUUUUGGUACAACGAGAUUUGUCUCAGGGUGGAAAUAUACGGCUGUGACGCUUGAUUGCAUGCAGCUUCUGUGCCUCCAGAAAAAAGUUUUAAAUUUGCCACCAAAACAGUUGUCAAACCCACAUUCAUCAAGGGCAGUUACUCUCUCGAAACUUUUCAACUCAAAUCGUCAGAAACAAACCUCCCCUAAAUGGAGGAUUAAUUUUUAUUGACAGUCACUAAAAAAGGAACCAUACCGGCGUCGCACUGAGUGUAUUAUUUGUGGGCUGUGCCCUUUGAU